AUGACAAUGGUGGUCGCCGGGAGACGAGGUGGUGCGCGCGCAGUGACCGGUGGCCGUGGGUUCAUGGCCAGGCACCUGGUGGCGGCCUUGCUCCGCUCCGGUGAGUGGCGCGUCUGGGUCACUGACCUCAACCCUAGUCUUGUCCUCGGCCCUGGAGAGACGGAGGAGAUUCUCAGCGAUGCUCUCCGUGAUGGCCGUGCCGUCUAUGCCUCGGUUGAUGUCUGCAACCUAGAGCAGCUUAUCAAAGUUUUUGAAGGGGUAGAUGUUGUUUUCCACACAGCUGCUGCGGAUCCUAGCAAGAACAACUUACAACUUCACUACAAGGUCAACGUGAUCGGAACAAAGAAUGUAAUUGAUGCUUGCAAGAUAUGCAAGGUGAAGAGGCUUAUACACACCAGUUCUAGUGCUGUUGUGUUCAGCGGAGUUCAUGGUCUAUUUAACGUAAAUGAAUCGUUGCCAUAUCCAGAUAAGUUUCCUGACGCAUAUGCACAAACAAAAGCAGAAGCAGAGAAGUUAGUCAUGGAUGCCAACGGCACUAAUGACCUCCUGACUUGUUGCAUACGUCCAGGUAGCAUAUUUGGCCCAGGCGACCUGAUGAUGCCAACUUUGGAUCUUUAUGGAAAAACACACUUCACUAUUGGUGAUGGGAAGAAUUUUGAUGAUUUUGUGUAUGUUGAAAAUGUCGUACAUGGUCAUAUAUGUGCGGAUAAGACUCUUUCUACUAUGGAUGGUGUAAGAACCAGUGGAGGGAAAGCCUAUUUUAUAACUAAUAUGGAGCCAAUGAAUAUGUGGGACUUCCUAUACACUGUUCAAGAAGAGCUUGGAUACAAAAGACUAUUCAAGAUAAGGAUACCUAUACAUGUUAUUAAGCCUGUAAGCUAUUUGGUAGAGGGAGCAUACAAGGUUUUAUAUCAUUUUGGAAUGACGACGCCUCAAAUGCUAACACGGGCUAGGAUUAAGUAUGCGACACUCAAUCGAACAUUUAGUUGUGACAAAGCUAUCAAAGAACUUGGCUACAAACCUAUUGUGAAACUCAUGGAUGGUGUAAAGAUAUCAGUAAAAUUGUAUAUUCAAUUGAGAAAUAAAGAUUUAUCUAAGAGCAGAGUGAAGGUAUCAAUCUUAACAUCAGCUGUCAUUGUACUUUAUGACCUUAUAUAUCAUCCUAGAAGUAAAGUUGAUCCUACUAUAUCUACGAUCUCUAACUAA